AUGGCUCGAUUUUGGCUAUUCACUCGCCUGUCUUUCCCUGUCGAUUUCCAGUACCCGGCCCGAGUCGCCCGGUUCGUCCUGAACCCAUUCGGGCUCGCAUUUGUAGAGAUCGACUUCGGGAAUAAUGUCGAGCUCGAUUUCGAGGCCUUGAAUUUUCCUUUUCAAGUAAUAGUUGACGAGCUCCUCAUCGGUGGGGUGAAACCUAAAACCGGGAGGCAGUCCCACCGGAGCCAUCGACAGCCUGCUAACAGCUCGUCUCCGGCCAGCCGACAAGCACUUUUUACGAAAAACUGUAACACAAUGUGUUAA